AUGCUUACAGGAAUGAAGUAUGGAGAAGAGUGCAGGAGUAAAACAUACCCUCCUUCAGGACCAACGUUCAAAGGGAAUGUACCCACAUAUGUCAUAAAUCUUGAUUUACCUCCCAGCAAAAGAUGGGAUAAUUUGAUGCACGACAAAAAGACAGAGCUGAAGACUGUGGUCCAGACUAUUAAAGAUAUAGCAAAUACCUUCUUCCCCAGUGGCAAAGUUGUUGACAUAGUAGAUAACAAAAUAGCUCAUCUGACGGCCACACUUCCUUAUCCUUUCAAUGAAGAACUCCAAGGGAUUGCAAAUUCAUCUGGGAUUCCUUUGGGGGAAAUCGUUAUUUUUAACAUCUUUUAUGAAAUUUUUACUGUAUGUACAUCAAUAGUGGCAGAAGAUAAAACAGGGAAGCUGUACCAUGCCAGAAACCUGGAUUUUGGACUCUUUCUCGGGUGGGAUGUUAAAAAUAAUUCCUGGACUUUAACUCGGGAACUGAAGCCUAUAGUGGUAAACUUGGACUUCCAGAGAAACAACAAGACAGUAUUCAAGUCUACAAAUUUUGCAGGAUACAUAGGCAUGGUGUCUGGAGUCAAACCAGACUUGUUCACUCUGACAAUGAAUGAGCGUUUCAGUCUUGAUGGUGGUUAUGUUGGAAUCUUCGAAUGGUUUCUUGGUAGAAGAGAUGGUAUGUGGAUGGGCUUUCUUACAAGAACAGUAUUAGAGAAUGCCACAAGUUACCAGGAUGCAAAAGACAAACUGGCAAAAACAAGACUGCUGGCUCCAGCUUACUUUAUACUGGGUGGAAAAAAUUCUGGAGAAGGGUGUGUGAUAACUCGUUCCAGGACAGCUACUCUGGAUAUCUGGGACCUUGAUAUCAAGAAAGGCACGUGGUACGUGUUAGAAACAAACUACGACCGCUGGAAGCCUCCGCUAAUCUUGGAUAAUCGUAGAACACCUGCAAUGAAAUGCCUGAACCAGACAAUGCAAGAGAACAUCUCCUUACCAGCAAUUUAUGAUGUUCUCUCCACAAAGCCUGUCCUCAAUAAGCUGACUGUGUGCACAACGCUGAUGGAGGUGUAUAACGGUCAUACAGAGACUUACCUGCGGGAAUGCCCAGACCCCUGUAGUCCUUGGUAGUCCUGAACCUUUCCUACAUUGGAAGCUGCUCGUCUGAAUUGGAGGUCCUCCAAGAAAAAAUACGUCUGGAAAAAGAUUCCUGAGCCUAACUCUUUUCUUCAGAAAUCUAAUGGCUAUAUAGAAAUUUCAAUGAGCUUUUAACAACGGAGGACCCUAUCUAACAUUGGACUUUCUUGCUUUCUGAUCAGCAGUUCUGCUGAUGAGAAAUGUAUACUAAUGUAUGUCUGGUUUGAUUUCAGCCAUUUCUACCAAAUGAGUUCAGCAGUUAGCUCUAGAUCUCCUCAGUCUUGACAGUAUUCUUGGUUUGGUUUCUUGUUGGUUUGUGGGUUUGUUAUUUUUUGUUGUUUGGUUGGGGUUUUUUUAGAUUAAAAUGCUUCUAAAGCACACAGGAGUUAAAAUGGCACCUACCAAGCAUGAAAAAGAAUUGGGUAUUGGAAGGCCAUCUGGGACAGUACAGUUCUUAAGUGCUUAGGAAAGAAUAACAGAUGAAUUGCUAGUGUUCUGGUCCAAUAUGAGGAUAUGUCUAAGAUGCCCUAUUACAAAAUAACCUACCAGAUGUCAUAUCUAGUCACAGAAACAAGGUCUUAGGGUAAUAUCAGAAACAAGAUCUGAGCCAAAAAAUGUCUUUCCACUGAUUUAUAGAUCUUUUGCUGAAGCUCUUUCUUGGCCUGUUAACAAAUUUUUUUUAAUACCGAUUUUUCUGUUGUCUCAAAAAAAUAAAUACUAAUACAAUAAAUACUCUUAAGAACUACUUUCUUUGACCACAGUACACAUGCACUGAUUCCGUACCUCAGUGGAAGUCACCGUGCAUGUUACAUAUCAUAUGGCAGAAAGGGCAUUCACUUCCAAAUAGGCUGAUUCUAACAGUGUCUGAAAAACUGAUUUCUUUCUUAAACGGACAGUUAAAGCUAUUACUGUAAUGGGAAGUAGCCAGCUACUAAUAGUGGUUGGGUUGUUUGAGGGGAUUUUGGUUGGUUGGGUUUUGGAAAGUCGGGGAGGGAAGCCAAGUCAGACUACACCAUUGGCCGGAAUUCAACUUAAGAGAGUAAAGGUCCUUUAGAAAUAGAGAGAAGUACAGGAAGCAGAUGAUGUAGAAGGCAGUGGUUUUAGCUGUGUCACUGGCUGCGUUGCUGGGACUAGUUUCCAGUGGCAACUCUUGUGUUUUGUAACGUGCAAAGAGAAGACGCUGGAGACUGAGCUUAGGGGCUGGUAUGGUGGCGCACUUGUAAUCUUUCCUUAACCACCCUAGGAGAGAGGUGCCAUUCAUAUUCCCAUUGAGCCAUGGAUUUAAAGCUGCCACUGGUGUGAGGGAAGUGUUUGCUGUCUCUUUGGUGUCUGCAGAGACAGCAUUGUGUAAGGCAUUCUAACUAAAACCUGCAAGUUCGGGACAUCCAGUCACAAUGGGAUACUUGAUAACCAGGACAUGCAGAACAGUAUUAGCGUAGUGCAGAAGUUCAGAACAGAGGAUAUGACAGUUUUCUGUUCCAAACAGUAAAGGCUACGCUAAGAUUUCUUUUUUAAGAAUUGCAAACUUAACGCUAAGAAGUCUACAGAAGGGGAGACAAGUUAUUGCCCAUAAAUGUGAGAUGCAAACUCAACUUUCAUCCAAGUAUGACUGGCUAAGUUUUAUUUAGUACUGCUUCCUUUUCUAAAAGAAAUACUGAAAGAUAACCUUUAAUCAUCCCUUGUUUCAGUAACUAGGUUACCAGCUUACAGCAAACUAACAGCUCCAUCAACACUAGGAGAAGCAGGGACAAAAGGAAUGCAAUUUGCCAAAUAACUUUAGCAGCUGAUAAAGAAACAUGGCUUCUGGUUGAAGACAAUUAUAUUCUAGGCCUUACUGCACUGCCUGUAGUAGCACAGCAAGAAGCAGUUGAAAGGGGUGUAAAGCACUGACACACUGAGAGCACACAGAAAUCAGCAUCCCGCUCUUUAAACUGACGCUAAAAAAAGGGCUAGACUAGUUGUACGUCUAAUUUUUUUUAACUGAAGUAUGCAAGCAGAAGCAUGCUAGCAUGAUUGUACUACCAGAGUCCAUUUUUAAUCCCAAUCAUGAAUAUUGAACCUAUGUAAACCAAAAUCAACAUAGCAGCAUGAUUUAGAUUAGGGAAAAAUGCAUGUAUAGUAUGAAAUGCAGCUUCUGGGACAUUUGAUUCGUAUAAAACAGUUAAACCAAGUCUAAUGUUAUAGCCUGUACCGUGAAGGGCACAUCAUACACUGCUGAGUUUGCACCUUAAUCUGGUCAGGGGUUGUUCGGAUUUAUUUGGAAUUAGUUGCAUAACAGCCAUAAUCAAACUACUUUGUCAUUUAAAAAUAAGCAGUAAGUUUACUUGCUUAAUGAGUCCUGUCCCACUUUAGUAUAUGUGGAGCAAGGCAGUGCAGACUAUUUAGGGUCAUUAACUAAUGAGAUUUCAGUACUUCCCUUGUGCAAGACAGUCCACAUUUCCACACUGGAAAUUGCUUUACAAUUGCAAAAGCACAGCUAAAUCCCAUGGAUGUCUGUCCAGACCCUGAGUGCCUAUGCCUACUAUUGACUAAAAUAAAGCUAUCUAAAAAUUAAAACCC